GCCAGUCAGUGCCAGUCAGUGCCGCAUAUCAGUGCCACCAUCCAGUGCCAGUCAGUGCCGUCUAACAGUGCCAUCAGUGCCUCCUCAUCAGUGCCCAUAAGUGCAGCCUCAUUAGCGCACAUCAGUGAAGGAGAAAAAUAACUUAUUUACAAAAUUUUAUAACCGAAACUAAGAAAAAAUUUUUUUUUUUUUGUAAAUUUUCACUUUUUUUGGUUUAUUUACCAAAAAAAAAAAAAAAAAACCUAGAGGUGAUUAA